UAAUUUUCCCACCCAAAAUAACAAAAGGGAAUGAGAGGCAGAGAAAGCAGAAACUGUAGCAAACAGAACUAAACCCUCAAAUUUCCCUCUUUUUCAAGAGCUCAAACAAUAAACAAUAGCACAACUACCUGCUCUAUUGUCUUCCCUCCCCCCACUUUCUCAGAUCACCGCCACCGCCACCGCCACCGCUACCUCCACUGCCAUCGCCACCUCCUUUUCUAUUUCAAUCCGCAACCGCCUGUUUUCCACCACCCGUCUAAAUCCCAUCACUCACCUAUCUCCACUCUACCACACUGAUUUGUCUCUCUUUUCAUCUAAUGGUCACUGGUGGGACCCACCAGGAUGAUGGGGACAAGAACCACCCUCCCGCUACCACCGUUUCUAGAGCCGGCACCACCAGGUCUUGGGGCAACACUACUGUCUCCGGUCAAUCGGUUUCCACUAGCGGCAGCGUCGGUUCUCCUUCCAGCCGGAGCGAGCAUGCCAUGCCUACGCCUGCCAGUGACAGCACUUUUCUUAGGUUGAACCAUCUUGACAUUCACGCUGACGAUGCCGCCACUCAAGAUGCCGCCGCCAACAAGAAGAAGAAAAGAGGUCAAAGAGCAACUGGAGCUGAUAAGAGUGGUAGAGGACUCCGCCAAUUUAGUAUGAAAGUAUGUGAAAAAGUGGAAAGCAAAGGAACAACUACUUACAAUGAGGUUGCAGAUGAACUUGUUGCAGAGUUUGCUGACCCUAGCAACAGUGUUUCAUCUCCAGAUCAGCAGCAACAAUAUGAUGAGAAAAACAUACGGCGAAGGGUAUAUGAUGCCCUGAAUGUACUCAUGGCAUUGGAUAUCAUAUCUAAGGAUAAAAAGGAGAUACAAUGGAAGGGUCUUCCUCGAACUAGCCUGAGUGAUAUUGAAGAAUUAAAGGCUGAACGUCUUGGAUUGAGAAAUAGGAUUGAGAAGAAAACUGCCUAUUUACAAGAACUGGAGGAACAAUACAUAGGUCUUCAGAACCUGAUACAUCGAAAUGAGCAACUAUACAGCUCAGGAAAUGCUCCUAGCGGGGGUGUGUCUUUACCUUUUAUAUUGGUUCAGACGCGCCCUCAUGCAACUGUUGAAGUGGAAAUAUCAGAAGAUAUGCAGCUGGUGCAUUUUGACUUUAAUAGCACCCCUUUUGAGCUGCAUGAUGAUAAUUAUGUUCUCAAAGCAAUGAAAUUUUGUGAGAGACCACAGAGUGAUGAUACGGCGGCCAAUCUAGCUAAUGAUGGAGGUGAAGGUUGUAGCAUGUCCAACAUGAUCCAACAGCAAAUCCUUCCUAACCCAGGAACUAGUACACCAAUUAGGCCGCCCACUUCACCGCCUAUUCCUGGAAUUAUAAAAGCACGUGUUAAGCAUGAGCAUUGAUGAGCAUGUUACCAUGGGCAAUAAUCUCAGCAGUGUCUGUAAAUUGUGUAAAUUAGCUUGCAGGAGGUGGGAGGCCCCCCCAUAUAAUUACCUUUACCUUCCUGAUUUUACCUCUUUAUGAGGAAUCAAGGUAACAAGCAGAUCAGCCCUUUUGCUCAGACUUGCAAGGAAUAUUUAAAUUUGUCAGGUUCUCAGGUUUAGAUCCGUGGUUAGCUGCUGUAAUUGUUUAAUCAUUUAUAUUUUUUGCCAGCCUAUUGUAGUAAAAAAGUGAAGGUAGUCUGUCAGUUCAUUAGGCUAAAGGGGAUUGUCUUAGCUGCACACAGAAUCAUAGAAUUAAGGCAACAAUUUGAUAUUAUUUGUAGUUGCACAUUACAUUUUUGCAAUUGCCAUUUGUCAUCAGUGACAAUGUCAUUUUGUUAUCUGCAAUUCUGGCAGGGAUCUGUGAUAGGUGAGAAAUUGAUUGUUAAUACGUGGGCUGAAAUGCAAAUGGUAUGUUUUUUUGGUCAAAAGAAAGAAAAGGGUUUCUGGUCACCAAUGAGUGACCAUGUGAACUUGAACUUGAUUUAUAUGAUGAAUUGUAGCUGGAGUAUUGUCUUUUUCCCUCCUUCCUUCAGCUAGUAUUGAGUUCCUUGUCUUUCCUCGUAACUUUGGUUUCUAGCUGGUCCAGUGUAUGGCUUAUGAGCUUCCAAGUUGUCCCUGUUUCCCUUUCUUUUUUCUGUGUGGUACACUCUACUAUGCACCGAAAAUAGCCAGCAUUUUUUUUUUGCGCUUUGCCCACCACGUGGGUCUCCCUUGUGAGAGGCGCACAGAUUUUUGCGUUCUCUCUCUCUCUGUAUAUCGCUUUCCUAUUUGUUUUGCCCACAGAAAUAAGGCGAACGCAUUUCCCCACCCCACGUAUCAUAAUAAUGACAAUCAUAAUGGUUCACAUGAUCAGUAAUAGAAGCUCUAUUUUUAUUUGUUUCUAGAUCACAGCCUUACAGGUAAUUUAGUACUUAUACAAUGUCAGGAAAAUUUUAAAUCAUGAAUGCCGUCUAUAUAAUAAUAUUAAUUGUUCAAACACUAAUCAGAAUCAUUUUUUUUAUUUAAGAAAAAAACUCUCAAAUAAUAUCAAAGGCAUCGAUAUUUUGGGAGAGAAGGAAAAGGAGACGUGGUCGGGGUUGGGGUUGUGGUUGUGGUUGGUUCCAGUGGUGAGAUAAUGAAUUCAGGUGAUGAGGUGAUGGGGAAUGCUUAGGUGUCAGUGUUUGAUUUGGUUUGGACAUGAAUUUCCACGUGAUGUAUCACGUGGAUCAUGAUCUCCUUCUUCUAAAUGUUCCAUAUCUUUCUGCCCUUUCCAAUAAUAGAAGCAAAAGAUGACACCGCAUAAAAUGAGAAAUCUACCGUCUUUUUCCUGAGGUUCUUGCUUUAGAUUAAGAUCUUAUAUAAAUAGAAAUACACAGCCAAGACGGGGUUUCAUUUAUCUGCAUUUGCACCUGCACUCUUCUCUAUAACUAAAGCUUAAUGUUAAGUUGGGAUAGAGAAAGGUGCAGAUGCUAGUGCUGACAAGUGCCAUCUUGGUUUCAACCAUACAAGGUCAUUGUUCGAAGAGGCUCUCUCAUACUUGCAUCCUAUGGUAUACCUGUUCGUCAUCACUAAUAUUGAAGGUACCUACUCAUCAUUUAUUUGUUAACUCUUCUGUUUAACUCAAUAUAAUGCAGACUCCAUCAUAUUAGGAUAAACAAAUACUGCCAUUACAGAGGUGGUCAGUUCCCUUGUUAAGGGAAAAGAAAAAAAGGAGAGAGAAAAGGGAAAAUCGAAAAGCGAAAGAGAGAAGCGAGAGCCGAAGCAGUGAGGGCUGAGCUCUGUGGCCUCACUUCCUUUCGUGCAGUGUUGCCCUUAUAGUGAAUCAAGCUCUUUUGUUGUUUGGGUUGCAGGUUGCUGCUUAAUAACUUUUCCUGUUGGGAGUUUUUGCUCAAUUGUCAUUCUGUGGCUGGUCUGCUAUACUCUCUGGUUUUGCAUAUUUGAUUGAUUGUACUUUUGCCAUCUAAGUCUGGAUUUUGCGUGUCUUUGUUUUGUUUGAGAAAUCAGUUUCUGGCCAUGUUCUUCACUGGCUGGGGCUAAGGGCGGGUGCUGGUGGCGGUGGGUUGGUGGUUGCAUUUCUGGGGGUACCUUUUUUGAGGUUGGACUGUGUUUUGAUCAGGGCUGAUAGUUAUGAGUUGGAUCUUUUGUAGGGUCUGUGGAUUGGGCUGAGAUGAUGGGCUUGUUUGCCCUUUUUAUCUUUUGUCCUGCUAUGCGUCUUGUGAUAUGCUAUGCGUGGAGCAUUGAUUAAAAAAACAAAAAAAAUUUCUAGGAUAAA